AUGUCAAGCUUGAGACACUUUUCCACGAUCCGAAUGAAUGGGGCUGCGGACGCCUGGGACGAAAACGAUCGACUCCGAUCGGAGUGGGAGACUUGUGAAGCGCUUCUCGCUGGAUCUCAAAAGGACAACGCGCAGAAGCAUUUUAUGAUAGAAUCAAUGAGACAGUACACCAAGGCUCUGGAAAAACUUUUGGACAUGACUAUCGGUCCGGACUGGAGAGCCGACUACGACAUUCAGCCUCCACUGACUCGGUCCAUUAUCUGCACACCCGCCAGUCCUCGGCCGCAGCUCAGGCUCCCGGCGGACAUGCCCUCCAUGUCGCAGGGAAUGGAUAGGAAGAAGAAAGCUGAUUGCCCAGCAGGGAGAGAGAAAGGUGCUAUAGAGAUUCAUGAGCUGCUGCAGAGCUUUGAAUCGAGAGCUGUGGCACGACAGAAUGUCAUUCGGAACAUGUUGCAAGAAGCGAGAUCGACUUUCAAGGACAGAUGA